AUGAUGGAUUUGCCGCGAUAUUUGCAUGUAAGUUCUUGGUUCUCACUCAAAAUUUCGGCAAUGGUCUCGGCUUUAACUCUGACAGUGUUGGCAAUAGAAAGGUAUCACGCGAUACUGAAACCCUUCAGAAGAGAUUUAUUGUUGAAUAAUGGCAAUAUUAAGCGCGCCAUCGCUUUUGUCUGGGUCUUAAGCAUCGUGUUUACUUUACCAGAAUUUUUUCUUACAGGAAUGGAGUCAAAAAGAGUCUGCGUGUAGCGGUCCAUGGAGUCUGAAUGCGAAUCAAGCAAGCAGAGUUUAUUUGUAUUUUUACUCCGUUGUCUCUACCUAUGUUCCUCUCGGAGUGUUUUUGUUCGGUUACGGGUCUUUGAUCAAAGGAUUAUACUUCUCCAAUACAAUCUGUGCCACCGAUUCAGAUCAAGACAGAGAUGACAAAAAGAAACUUGUUGUUACAAUCAUCAUGGCUACUGUAGGGUUUGUUGUUGGUUAUGGAACGCCUGUUGUAUUUUACUGUGUUAUNUUUUAGCAAACCUUGCUGUUAGCGAUGUUAUUACCAUCUUUAUCUAUCCACUAUACGUGUCUUCCUAUUUGUACGGAUAUCUAAAUGAUGGAUUUGCCGCGAUAUUUGCAUGUAAGUUCUUGGUUCUCACUCAAAAUUUCGGCAAUGGUCUCGGCUUUAACUCUGACAGUGUUGGCAAUAGAAAGGUAUCACGCGAUACUGAAACCCUUCAGAAGAGAUUUAUUGUUGAAUAAUGGCAAUAUUAAGCGCGCCAUCGCUUUUGUCUGGGUCUUAAGCAUCGUGUUUACUUUACCAGAAUUUUUUCUUACAGGAAUGGAGUCAAAAAGAGUCUGCGUGUAGCGGUCCAUGGAGUCUGAAUGCGAAUCAAGCAAGCAGAGUUUAUUUGUAUUUUUACUCCGUUGUCUCUACCUAUGUUCCUCUCGGAGUGUUUUUGUUCGGUUACGGGUCUUUGAUCAAAGGAUUAUACUUCUCCAAUACAAUCUGUGCCACCGAUUCAGAUCAAGACAGAGAUGACAAAAAGAAACUUGUUGUUACAAUCAUCAUGGCUACUGUAGGGUUUGUUGUUGGUUAUGGAACGCCUGUUGUAUUUUACUGUGUUAUGACAUUCCACAAUGGUGAACGGUUCAAGUCUAACUUACAUUACCAACUAUUGAGUGUGUUCUCCUUCGUGUUUAUCUGCAGUUUAAGUUUUUUUAUGCGCUUUUCGAAGUAG